AUGUGGGGGACUAGCAUCCGGAUCGUUGUUGCGCAUAGCACGCCAAAAGGCUUACGAUUCUGGUGUAUAUCAUUGUUUCGAAAAAUCAUCAACGCAUCACAUUUUAAAUCCAGAAAACCAGUUAGACGGACAAGCACCAUGCCGCCGUCCAGAGGAGUGCCUGCGAGGUUAAAAGGUGCACUUUUUCAUAUAACUACGCCCAUAUUCUACCCGAACGCGAGACCGCAUCUAGGUCACUUGUAUUCGAGUUUACUGUGCGAUGUAACUAAGAGGUGGCGAGCGAUGCAAGGCUAUAACACACUGUUUACUACUGGAACCGACGAGCAUGGACUCAAAAUCCAAAACGCUAGUGAGAAGAAUGGGUACAGUAAUCCCAAGCAGUUCGUUGAUGUACUCUACCGCGAGUUCGUAAAGUUAGACCAAAUGGCUAAUAUAAGUUACACCCGGUUCAUAAGAACUACGGAUUACGACCACGUCAGAGCAGUCCGGGAGCUGUGGAAUAGAUGUUGGGAAAGCGGUUAUAUUUAUAAGGGCGAGCACGAAGGCUGGUACUCCAUAUCGGACGAGUGCUUUUAUCCUGAAUCCAAAGUAGUACAGCUUCAAGGAGAUGGCCAGGAAUUACCCUUUGGAAGCCCUGAAAUUCGCAAAGAUGGGAAGUUCAUAAAUACGGAAACCAGAAAUGGAGUGGUUUAUCAUUCAGAAACUAACUACUUCUUUAAGCUCUCUUCCUUCCAGAAUAGAUUAUUGACAUUCCUAGAGAAGGAAAACCCGCAUUUCAUCUCCCCUCCAUCCAGACGGGACCAAAUAAUAAACGAGCUGCGGGGCUCCAAGCUUCGAGACCUGUCUAUAUCAAGGCCAAGCUCAAGAAUCAAAUGGGGUAUAGAUGUGCCGCAGGAUCCUUCGCAGAAAAUAUACGUCUGGUUUGAUGCGCUUUGUAACUAUUUGACUUCAGUUGGUGGCCUACAAGCCGUCCUAGACAAUUCGCCGGCAGCCGUUAAGCACACUAUCACCAGCCAACUGAAGAUGCCGCGCAAUUGGUGGGUCAACACUACGCAUAUCAUUGGUAAAGACAUUGCGAAGUUUCACGCUAUCUACUGGCCAUGCUUCUUGAUGGCAGCGGGUAUCCCCUUACCUAAACAGAUCAUUGUUCAUGGCCAUUGGCUUUCCGGCGGUGUCAAGAUGAGUAAGUCUGUUGGUAAUGUCGUUGAUCCACUGGACAUGAUUUUACAUUAUGAGUGCGACCCAGUCAGAUGGUAUUUGCUCGAGAACUCCCAUAUCGAAGCCGACGGGGACUUUCGGGAAGAGCGCCUGCAUGCCACCCGCGAGCAGAUUGUUUCAAAAUGGGGUAAUCUUCUAAACAGAUGUUGCAGCAACAAGUUUAACAUUCCAAGGGCCGUUGAGACCUUCGCAAGUCAAGCUGCUAACCCUGAAAAUAAUGCUGCAACAUUAAUUGGAACCGAAGCGCAAGAGUCAUACCGAGAACUUAUUCAACUUCUCCAAACGCUGCCGGAACUUUUCUCUUCUCACAUGCGCCAGCUCGAGACGCGUUCUGCCCUGAAGCUUCUUUGGGAUGUGAUUGGAAAAGCGAAUGCCUUUGUUCAGACCUCGACACCUUGGCUCAAAUCCGGCGAAGAACAAGACCUCAUAAUAUUUACAGCAAUUGAGGUAGUUCGCAUAACUUCCAUUUUGGCCCAACCAAUAAUGCCAACGCUUUCAAACGCUUUACUUGACCGAAUUGGUGUUGAUACGGAAAACCGCGAUUUAUCGCGCACGCGUCUCGGGGCUGACACAUUAUAUGGUAAAGGAUCCAACGAUAAAGGGCGAGAAGUACCAAUAAAAAAGGUGAAUUUCAGAGGGACCACCUAG